AUGUCCUUUUUCGGCUUGGACGCAAUUCCAGCCGAGGGCGCUAAGGCCCAGGAGUUUGAUCUCUCCAACGCCGCCGCCUACGACGACCUCGCUGGAAAGAUUGUGGAGGACAAUGACGACCUCAAUGACGAGACUUUUGGCGACUUCAACGCCUCAGCUCUCGACAAGGACUUUGAUUUUGCAGGCCAGACUGCUCGCGUUGCUGACACCAUCGACGAAGAACAGUUUGUCUUUAACCGUUCAAACAGAAGUCUUCAACCUUCGGUAGUCUCUGCUGCUGCUGUUUCUGCAGCUGCCGCAACUACAAACCCUCAAACAAUGUCAUUUGCAGCUGCUGCCGCCGCUGGGGGACCUGCUACUUCCGUUCCUCAGUACAAGUCAUCGCCUUCAGUCCAAGCUCGCAACUUCCAGCCUAUCCCUGGUCUUUGGGGGUCUCCCUCAGGAACUUCUUCUACCGCUGGCUCUGCCCUAGCCAAGCAACAGCAAGAUCUUUCUGAACCUCCUAAGGCAAACAAAAUGCUGUCAGUUGAAGAACUCGAGGCUCAGAUGAUGGCGGCUUCCACUCAGGCUCCUCCUCAGCAGCAAAAUAUGUUUUAUGGAGCUCCCGUCCCAGGCCAAUACGGAUACCAACAGGCACCACCUCAGCAACAACCUCAGUACCCUCCCGGUAUGGCUGGAUUCCCGGGCCAGUAUGCCCCUGGUCCCGCUGGUCCGUUUCUCCAGGAUCCUGCUAUUCUUAAUAACCCCAUGGGUGGAUACCCUCCUGCUCAGCCGCCUUAUAUCCAGCAACCUCAGCAGCAGCAGCAACAACAACAGCAGCAGUUCCCGCAACAGCAACAACAACAACAACCCCAGCAACAGCAACAGCAGCCUCAGCCUCAGCCUCAGCCUCAGCAACAACAGCAACAGCAACAGCAGCCUCCUCUGCAGCCUACUUCGGCAGGUGUUGCUCAGCUUUUUGCAAAUCAACCCCCUCAACAGCCUCUUGCUCAAUCCAUCCCCCAGCAAGAUCUUCAACAGCAACAACAGCAGCAGCAGCAGCAACCUACUCAGCCUUCAGUCGAUGGUGAAACCCCACCUUAUAAUCUUAAUGUCUCCCGGAACCCCAUCCCAUCUCUUGCCCAAGUUAUGAUGGAAGACAUGUCGAAGAAUGACGCUGAGAAUGACCGCUUGCUUAAAAAGAGUCGCCGCAUUGCUCAGCAAUACAAGUACAACAACUUGAUGACAGCCUACGACAAGAGCCUGAUUACCCGUAUCCAACUUAAUCGUGUGGUCACGGAGGACCCCUUCAACGAGGACUUUUAUUACGUUGUGUCGUCCCAAAUUCAGGCUCGUUCUAAUCCUCAGCAACCCCUCAACUCGUUUGCAAAGACAUACCUGUUCCAGCGCGGCAACCAGCGUGGUGGUGGUGGCUUUUACUUUGGCGGUGGUGGCAACAAUAGCCGCUACGGCCGUAACCGUCACCAAGACAAUCCUCUCCAGCGUAUGCAGCAGCAAGUGCAGCAGGCUGUGGCAUAUGCACGCGAACAUCCUCAAAAGGAGCAGAUUUCUUUGGAAGGUGCUCUUGGUAAGAUUUCGCUUAGUAACAGCAAAAAGCCACGCCAGGCUUUGGUUCUCAAGAAACUGACUACCAAGGCCGGUACUAAUGCUGGAGAUGAGCAAGCUGCUCCCAAAGACUUGAGAAGCUUGUUGGUUUUGGUUGAAGACAUUUACUCUACCUUGCUUGAAAUUGAGUCAAUUGAGCGAUCUAAGUCCCAGCCCCAAUCCCAAUCCCAAUCUCAAUCCCAACAGCAGUCUCAACAACAAGCUCCUCAGCAGGAAGAGUCUGAGCAGCCUCAGGAGUCUACUGAAGAAGAUCCUGUGGACUGGGAUGCCCGGUUACAAGUACAAUACCACAAGCUCUGGGAUCAACUCGAACUUGUUGCUCUCGAGCCAGAGGAUAAUCGCAAUGUUGUCGGUAACCCGUUUAUUGAGAUUCUGCGCCAUAAUAAGGGCAAGCGCUUGAUUCCACGUAUCUUUAGACACUUGAACCUGACACAAAGACUGACCAUUUUGACCCGCAUCAUUAACCAUCUCGAUACCCUUGAUGUUAUUCAAGAUGGCGUUUAUCUUGAUGGUGAAGACCUGAAGCCUCACGCCAAGGAGUCUGUGGAUAACUUUUUGCAAUCCGUUCUGCCGCCUCUUGUCCAACUCAUUUCUGAGUCUGAAUUUGGCGUUGUUAUUGGUUUGCUUGAGAUUUUGCAGACAUCAAACGACAUUGUUCACGUAGCCAAGACCAAGAUUGGUUUGUCUAUCUUGACAGUUCUCAUUUCGCAAGCCGAGUACAUUUCUCAACAAGAUGCCGAGCACCAACCCGUUGACGAAACAGACUUGGCCAGUUGGAAGGCCACUUUUGACGCUCUCUUCCAGUCCCUUCAAGGCCACCUUGCAUCACUCUUCCCUCCCCGCCGUGUUGACGACUCUUAUGUGUGGCACUUUUUGGCGUCAUUGGCUGUUGCUGCCAGUCUAGACCAUCAGCGUGUGAUUGUUGAUGAGGUACGUGAAAAGAUUUUUGGCGUCAUGGCAGAGGCCAAGGCAUUACCACCGGAAAUGGGUCUCCAGAAGAUUGGCAAUUUGAAUUUGUUUUUGAAUGUCAUGGGUCUCAAUGCAACUACCACGGAAAUUGGGCAAAUGUCGUGA